CCAAUGUCGUCGAGCAGCCGGGGGCCGGGGGCCGGAGCGGCGCCGACGCCGAACCCCGCUGGCCGCCGCUGCCGGGCCUGUGUGCGAACUGAGUGCGGGGACUGCCACUUCUGCCGAGACAUGAAGAAGUUCGGGGGGCCCGGGCGCAUGAAGCAGUCGUGCCUGCUCCGGCAGUGCACUGCCCCUGUGCUCCCACACACAGCCGUGUGCCUCUUGUGUGGGGAGGCUGGGAAGGAGGACACAGUGGAGGGAGAGGAGGAGAAAUUUGGUUUGAGCCUCAUGGAGUGUACAAUCUGCAAUGAGAUCGUCCACCCUGGCUGCCUGAAGAUGGGGAAGGCUGAGGGUGUCAUCAAUGCGGAGAUCCCCAACUGCUGGGAGUGCCCUCGCUGUACCCAGGAAGGCCGGACCAGCAAGGAUUCAGGAGAGGGGCCAGGCCGCCGCAGGGCUGACAAUGGCGAGGAAGGUGCCAGCCUGGGGAGUGGAUGGAAGCUGACGGAGGAGCCGCCACUUCCACUGCCCCCACCCAGGCGCAAGGGCCCCCUACCUGCCGGCCCUCCCCCAGAGGAUGUGCCUGGGCCUCCCAAACGGAAGGAGAGGGAGGCAGGGAAUGAGCCCCCCACCCCAAGGAAAAAGGUGAAAGGAGGCCGAGAGAGGCACCUGAAGAAGAAACCAAAGCCAUCUUUGGCCUCUACUGAGGGCCCAGCAGUGCCGUCCCCAUCGCCACAGAGGGAGAAGCUGGAGCGCUUCAAGCGGAUGUGCCAGCUUCUGGAGCGGGUCCCUGACACCUCCUCCUCCUCCUCUGACUCAGACUCUGACUCGGACUCAUCAGGGACAUCGCUGAGUGAGGAUGAAGCCUCCGGCGAGGCCCGGAAUGGGCGACGGCCAGCCCGGGGCAGCUCGGGCGAGAAGGAGAACCGUGGGGGGCGGCGGGCUGUGCGCCCUGGCAGCGGGGGGCCCCUGCUCAGCUGGCCCCUGGGCCCUGCCCCUCCGCCCCGGCCCCCACAGCUGGAGCGGCAUGUGGUACGGCCCCCACCUCGAAGCCCUGAGCCCGACACGCUGCCUUUGGCUGCUGGAUCUGACCACCCCCUGCCCCGGGCUGCCUGGCUUCGUGUCUUCCAGCACCUCGGGCCCCGUGAGCUGUGCAUCUGCAUGCGAGUCUGCCGGACGUGGAGCCGCUGGUGCUAUGACAAGCGUCUGUGGCCGCGGAUGGACCUGAGCAGGCGGAAGUCUCUGACCCCGCCCAUGCUGAGCGGUGUUGUUCGGCGCCAACCCCGAGCCCUGGACCUCAGCUGGACAGGUGUCUCUAAGAAGCAGCUUAUGUGGCUUCUGAACCGACUGCAAGGCCUGCAGGAGCUGGUGCUCUCUGGCUGCUCCUGGCUCUCUGUCUCCGCCCUCGGCUCAGCUCCGCUGCCGGCCCUGCGGCUCCUGGACCUCCGCUGGAUCGAGGAUGUUAAAGACUCGCAACUCCGAGAGCUGCUGCUGCCUCCACCCGACACCAAACCAGGCCAAACGGAGAGCCGGGGACGCCUGCAGGGGGUGGCAGAACUGCGCCUGGCCGGCCUGGAGCUGACCGAUGCCUCCCUGCGGCUCCUGCUGCGCCACGCACCCCAGCUCAGCGCCCUGGACUUGAGCCAUUGCGCCCACGUCGGGGACCCCAGCGUUCACCUCCUUACGGCCCCCACCUCCCCACUCCGCGAGACCCUCGUACACCUCAAUCUCGCUGGUUGCCACCGCCUCACGGACCACUGCCUCCCGCUGUUCCGCCGCUGCCCACGCCUACGCCGCCUGGACCUGCGCUCCUGCCGCCAGCUCUCACCUGAAGCCUGCGCCCGGCUGGCAGCCGCCGGGCCCCCAGGCCCCUUCCGCUGCCCAGAGGAAAAGCUCCUUCUCAAGGACAGCUAGUUGGGUGCCCCCCCACCCUUCCCCAGGACUCAUCCAGGAGCCUGGACCUCGGGCUUUCAUAUCCCACCUCCCAAACCCCCUGCCGGGAGGCCAGGUUACCCACCUCACGAUUGGGGAUUCCUGAGUUAUGUGACUUGGGAUUCCUGCCCAGGGACUCUAGCCAGCCUCCCCCUUCCCUUCCCCCUGCACUGAUAUCACUGGGGGUCUCUCCUUCCUGUCCCCUCCCCCUUCCACCUACUUCAUUGUCCAUCCCCUGGGGGGGAGUGGGUCAGAGGUACUGGGGGGGGGUGCUGAGCCA